GUGUGUAUAAAGGUGAAGGACUGGGUGAAGGAGCGUCUGGAUAAAUUCACUCCGCUCUCGAAACAACCAGCGGAUGUGAGGGAAGACGUGGAGAAAAUGCAGCGGGAGCUGAAAUGUUGCGGUCUUGUGAACGGACAGUCCGACUGGGAUACGGUUCCAGACUCGUGUCGCUGCAACAGCACCGACCCAGAAUGCAAGUCGGCCGGCAUCUACAGCGAGCCUUGUGCCGAUAAAAUCAUCAGUCUGAUGGAGAAACACAUGGAGGUCGUCCUGGGAAUCGCUUUCGCCAUCGCCGUCUUGCUGAUUUUCGGCAUGGCCUUCUCCAUGAUUCUCUACUGUCAGAUCGGCCGGAAGGAGAGCGGCGCCACCACGACCAACGCCUGAGCCCCGCCCUCGCUGCCUCACAACAGCCAAUCAGCUGUGCCCUAAUGACCCAUGCAACAUCUACCUAACCUCAGUGCUUCUGUAAUUUCACCUGCAGUUUUAUUGUGAAGGAACACUUUGACAUUUUAGCUAAAUCUUCCUCAUCCACGUGGACGGUUGAGAAAUAUUGAUUAUGAAAUAAAUAAAUGAUUAAAAUGUUUCCCGGAGACGAAACAAGUAGCUAAGUAAGAAUUGAUCCUGAAUCAGACAGAACACUAAUCAUGUCAAAAUGAAAACUGAAACAAUCACACGAGGCCUCGAAGAACAAAAUCCAGGAAAAUGUUAAAAUCCUCAUGUUGUAUGGAAGUAUGGAAGCCCAUUACUGCCAAAAGCAAUUGAAAACAACAUUUAAUACAAUAUAAAAUACAGUUUCUCAAGUGUAUGUGUUUUCCACAUUAUUACAUUUUUUUAUACAUAUCCUCAAAUUGGUAUGUAUGUUGUGAUCGGCUAAAAUGUUGUAAUAAUUUUGGACAUUAUUGAAAUCACUUCAAUUUGUGGUUAUAUAUAGUUUAGUGGGAAUGAGAAUCAUAGUAAAAUGCACUGUUUCUGUUCAAUCUGUCCGCAAAAAAAAAAAGAUAUCACCAGAAAAUAAGGCAAAAGUUACUGAUUGUAUCAUAAAGACUUUUAUUUAUGCAGUGUGUCCCUAUGGUGUAUUAAAAUAGUUGCAUUUGUUUGUAUUAUGAUUAAAGAAAGUCAAAUCUUUUCUGAUACCUGA